CACCCUUAAACAGAAGGUUUAGGAGCUGACGUAAUAGUGAAAAUGUCUAAAACCCUAGAAUCUUACCGGUCUCUGUUCGCCGGAUCGAAUUUUGCAGACAAAGGUUUGAACUUUAAACUUUGAUCUCGUCCCUCCGGAGCAAACUCGGACCAAUUUAGAAAUCUUGAGUCGUAUAGAAAAUGGCGGCGAAUGGGCUAAUGGCGGCGUCCAAUGUGUUUCUUCAUCGUCCUGAAAAUCUCAAUUUCUCGUUUUCUUCUAGAACGACUCAAAUGGCUCUGAUCGGUGUCAAAGGCCGUGUUAGUUUCACCGGCAAUGUGAAACGCUGUUUUCCGGUCGUUUUGUCAAUGGCGAAGACGGAGACUUCCGUGGGAGCGGGAGAUUCCAUUGCGCCUGGUAAAGGCGUAUCUAUCAUGGUGAAUGGAUGCAGUGGCAAAAUUGGAAAAGCUGUCAUCAAAGCGGCAGAUUCCGCUGGAGUGAAUGUUGUUCCUACAUCAUUUGGUUCUGCUGAAGAGGCUGGCCAGACAGUUGAGGUCUGUGGGAAGGAGAUUCUUGUUCAUGGUCCUACUGAAAGAGAGAAGGUUCUUUCUUCGGUGUUUGAAAAGUACCCCGAACUAAUUGUUGUGGACUAUACAAUCCCCUCUGCAGUAAAUGAUAAUGCAGAGCUAUAUGGCAAAGUAGGAGUUCCCUUCGUUAUGGGUACAACUGGAGGAGACAGGACAAAAUUGUAUAAAACUGUAGAGGAAUCAAGGAUAUAUGCUGUGAUCUCCCCACAAAUGGGUAAACAGGUUGUUGCGUUUCUUGCAGCCAUGGAGAUCAUGUCUGAGCAGUUUCCUGGUGCAUUUGCUGGUUAUUCCUUAGAGGUGAUGGAGUCUCAUCAAGCUAGCAAAUUGGAUGCAUCUGGUACUGCAAAAGCUGUUAUUUCUUGCUUUCAGAAAUUGGGUGUGUCUUACGACAUGGACCAGAUACAAUUGAUUCGAGAUCCUAAGCAGCAGAUUGAGGUGGUAGGUGUUCCUGAGGAGCAUGUCUUGGGUCAUGCUUUCCAUCGUUACCACUUGACAUCACCAGAUAAAACUGUGUCCUUUGAGUUCCAGCACAAUGUCUGCGGAAGAUCAAUAUAUGCUGAAGGUACAGUCGACGCAGUGCUUUUCCUUGCCAAAAAGAUCCGGUCUAAAGCAGAGAAGCGGAUCUAUAGCAUGAUCGACGUCUUGAGAGAGGGAAACAUGCGUUGAAUAAACCUCUAGAAAAAUUUCAAGAGAACCUCAGUGAGAUUACAUUGACCAGAUGUUGAAGGUAGAAACAUAGCAGCGCAAAAGUCAGCUGUGAAUUUUGGUGUUUAGCUCUAAGAAGCUACCAGAGUGUUUAACUUGGUAUGGUUAGUUUUCCUUUGUAAUGAGAGAACCAAAACCUGCGUCUGCAUUGUAUCUUCUGUUGACAACCUUUAAUGUUCCGAUCAUUAAGAAACCUUUAGAGAUAAAAAA